ACUCUAUUGCUAUAAAAACAAUGUGGAUAAACCCUAAAAGCAAUAGAGCCGGGAUAUUGUUUCCCACAGUCGGGAUGACGCGUGGGGCGGCGUUUUAUAUAGGCAGGGAUUGCGUCCAGUAGGCCACUGUCAAACGAGACCUCAGCAAGUUCACACGGCCGUCCAUAACACAUAAAAAUCAUCUGUUCCGUGCCGAAAUAUAGGAAAUAAUCGCGUAAACGAGGAUAAUGACGCGAGUAGGUGGGGCCGUUCCGAAGACGCCCCUCUAGGUUUUUUUUUCUCGACGUCUGGGCGGCGCGAAGAGAACGCCUCACGUCCCACGCGCCCGAACGCACCGACAUGCGCGACCGAACACGCUCUCUAUACAAACCGACGGCAACGCGCCGACGGUACACCGACUAAAAACGUAAACAAACAAUAAAAUGCGAAUAAAAAACGCGGGCCUAACAUACAACAAAUACAGGAAACGCCGCGGACACCGCUAGUUACUACGACAAUAUUUAAAUACAACCGAAUUACUUUUAAAUAGUUCCAGAACACUCAUUCGGAAUUCAAAGUUUUGAGACAAACAAUACCUUGUUCUACAUUUGAAACUGUUCUCGGAGAUGUUUUGACGUUCAGUGACAGAAACCAGUGCGUUGUGUCAAUUUUUCGCGGCAAAAGUGACAAGUUAAAACGAUGAGCCCGCGAAAAGAGGAUCUAGUGCUGCCAACAUGAAAAAGCUUCGUGUUUUUAUUGGAAAUAACAGAAUGCACAGGACAUUACACGCAGCAAUACUCAUCCUAUUGGUAUUUUUGUUGAAUAUAGCAAGUUCUCGAGACAACAUGGUUCCCAGCCACGUGACGCUCAGCUCAUCCCUAACCUGCCGCCUGGUCGGUGGACUGACCAGAGAACAGAGAACUGUCUGCCACAAAGCUCCCGACACAGCGGCUAUAGCAUUCGAAGGUCUACAAUUAGCGGUCAAGGAGUGCCAGCACCAGUUCCGCUGGCAUAGGUGGAACUGUUCCAGUCUGCUUGUGAAGAGCAGUAAUCCACACGCCAGUUCUAUUAUGAAACGAGGAUUCCGCGAGUCCUCCUUCUUGUACGCCCUGACAGCAGCUGGGGUGGCUCACUCCGUGGCCCGCGCAUGCGCCCAAGGCAGGCUCCUCUCCUGCGGCUGCGACCCCCUGGGGUACCGCGCCUCGCACGACCCCCGCGGAAGGGCGAAAGUCAACAAAUGGGAGUGGAGCGGGUGCUCCCACAAUCUGGCAUAUGGAAUAGAGUUCUCGAAGAAGUUUCUCGAUUUGAGAGAGCAGGUGGACGAUUUGCAGUCGAAGGUCAAUGUCCAUAAUAAUAAUGCGGGGAGAUCGGUAAGUGUCCUGUUUUAUAAGAACGUUUAAUACUUACCUUCGAAAGUCUUCUAUGUGUGACGGUUUUAGCUUCCAAACGACUGCUGUUAUAAAGAUUAACGUAGGUAAGCGUCGCUGAAUAUGGAGUUGUUGGGUAUCGGAGACUUGUGUG